AUGAGCUUCUCCUCGCUCAACCUAGACGGUGCCAACGGCUCUGUCCCACGGUAUCCAAACCCCAACCCAGACCUGCAUGGGCUCGUCGAUAUCGGCAGCAAUGGCAUCCGCUUCUCGAUCUCCAAUCUCGCGUCUCCGACUACGCGCGUUAUGCCCACGGUCUUCCAGGACCGCGCCCCGAUCUCGCUCUACGAUGCUCAAUACGUCGGCACCAGCAAAGCACCGAUAGCGGAGCCCAUCAUCAGGUCUGUCGUCAAGACGCUGGUGCGCUUCCAACACAUCUGCACGACCUUUGGCGUGCUGAUGUCCCACAUCCGUGUCGUCGCUACGGAGGCUACGCGGGAGGCUCAGAACUCGUUCGAGUUCCGUGAGGCGAUCGAGGAGGCUACGGGCUGGAAAGUGGAGUUGCUCUCGAAAGCGGAUGAGGGAAAAAUUGGUGCGUGGGGUGUGGCCAGCAGCUUGAACGAGAUUAGCGGGCUUGUGAUGGAUCUGGGUGGUGGGAGCACACAGCUGUCUUGGUUGGUUUCGAGGGAGGGGGAAACACAAAUUGCGCCUGAGCCGGUUUCUCUGCCAUACGGUGCCGCGGCACUGACCAAGCGGAUGGAAACGGCGAUCAAUGAGGCCGCUGUCGAGCGGAUCCGGUACGAGAUGAAGACGCGGCUUGUCGACGCCUUCAAUUCCUUGCAACUGCCGGAAGAGUUGCUGGCCAAGAAGGAAGAUGGUUUCAAUCUAUAUCUCUCCGGUGGUGGUUUCCGCGGUUUUGGAUAUCUUCUACUGGAAGAGCACGAGAUCCAGCCCUACCCGCUCCCAAUCAUUAACGGCUUCUCGGCGCCAGGAAGUUCCUUCCUCAAAAUGGCCGACUUCCAUCUCACCGCAAAACAAACCCACACUCUAAACGACACCUUCCGCAUUUCUGAGCGCCGAGCACGCCAGAUCCCCGCCGUCGCCUUCCUUGUCAACACGCUGAUGGAGAUCCUCCCCAAGAUCAACUCAGUGAUCUUCUGUCAAGGCGGCGUCCGCGAAGGCGCGCUCUUCUCCACACUGCCUAAGAGUAUCCGCAAGUUGGACCCGCUCGAGGUAGCAACCCAGCCAUUCGCCGCGCCCGCCGCCCGCGAAUUCAUCAAACUCAUGGAACACGCGCUUCCCAAAUCCGCACCCCGCGAAAUCCGCCGGAUUGUGCGGCCCCUCGCAAAUAUAAUGCUACACCAUUCCAACAUCCCGAAAGAAUCCCGUGCCAGCUGCGGUCUCCACUCCACCACGACCGGAGUCCUCGCCUCAGUCCACGGACUUACGCACCGCGCCCGCGCCCUCCUCGCACUCGCACUGUGCCAGCGCUGGGGCGGCGAGGUCUCGGAUACCACGCUCAAACAGCGCUUGUCCCUGCUGGUCGGCAGUGAGAUGGAGUUCUGGUGUCGCUACCUCGGCGCCGUCGCUGGCGUCAUCGGCUCGGUUUACCCCGCUGGCGUGAUGGUCGAUAGUGAGGAGCGCGUGCGCUUCUUUGGCGAGGACAGGAAUACGGGGGAGAAGCAGACUGUUUUGCUCCGCGUACGGUUCUGCGAGGGUGAUCCGCUCACGGAUGGAGUCAUGGUGGGGAAGGAGGUCGAGGCUGUCGAAAAGGUUGGGAAGAAGAAGAGGUGCGGCACGUUUAGGCGGAAGGUCGAGGUUGUUGUUGCGAGGGAUUUGGAUGCCUGA